AUGGAGCACAAGGAGACCGGCUGCCAGUCUCGUGAGGGCCCCAUCCUUUGCGUCAAUAACUGCGGCUUCUUCGGCAGUGCGGCGACCAUGAACAUGUGCUCCAAGUGCCACAAGGAGAUGGCGAUGAAGCAGGAGCAGGCCAAGCUGGCCGCCUCCUCUUUUGACAGCAUCGUCAACGGUGGUGAUGCCGCGAAAGAACAUCUUGCUGCUGGCAACACGGCGGUGGCAGUUGCUCACGUAGAGGCGAAGAUGCUUAUUACCGCACAGCCUGCUGAUAUCGCCGGUCCCAGUGAGGCGGCGAUGGAGAACCCCAAAGGCCCAAGCCGGUGCAGCACCUGCAGAAAGAGGGUCGGGCUGACCGGAUUCAACUGCCGGUGCGGGAACCUCUACUGCGCGACUCACCGUUACUCGGACAAGCAUGAGUGCAAGUUUGACUACCGCGCCGCGGCCAUGGACGCCAUCGCCAAGGCCAACCCGGUGGUGAAGGCGGAGAAGCUCGACAAGAUCUAG